AUGUUCCUGAUGGUUGUAUGUAUCUUGCCAAUGUGCGACAGUAAGCAAGCAAAUACACGCCUCCAGACAACAAAUCUUAGAGAUAAAACAAGCCAUCUCAAGCCAUUGGAAUCCUUUGCCGUUUGUGCGGUUUACUAAUGGUGUGGUGAGGUGCACAUGGGGCGAGUAUCAGUCCUCAAACCUGGAGUUACGAUCCGACACGAGCCCGCAGCGCCCGUCCGUCCGAGAUGGCUUGAGGGGUAGUCUACCAUACGUGCGAUUUAGAGAUGGUGGAAGAUAAUGGGCGUUCGAAGUAGCGGUUUGCCACGUUGUGGACCGACGGUGUGGCUGGCCAUGGCAUGCGCAUCCCGUCGUCCAGGUCAAAGAAAGAAACAUGAAUGGUAUGUGAUGAUACCCAGAAGAGUAGCGAUUCCACAGACGUAAGUGUCACUAUUGCCAACAAAGGGGAGUCAAGGAUCGGAUGGGGGCUUGGGGAUGGCAUCGCGGAGGGGAGUCCAUUUUACCGUUAAUCCUAGCGCCUAGGCAUGGCGGCGCGGCUGAGAACGAAUUGCAGGACAUGGGGGAGAUAGGAUGGACCUGUUACUGUAAUACAGACAUUGACAUGGAUAUGGAUGGAAUAGACAUGGACAUGGACAUGGGAGAAACUUCCUUUUACCCGAUGAUGCCCAGAGUUAUUUCGGUCAGCAAUAGGCCGGGGGCAAGGGCAUGCAAGUUGGCCAUGGAAGCUAAUUCGAAGGCUUAAGGGGGGCUUGAUAUGGUUGAGUAGAACGGGAGUUGAGAAAGGGAGUUGUGUUGAGUGAGCUUCGAUCACAACCAAGACGACCAAGAAAUACAAUGGGAGUUAGGACUGCCUUGGUGGCCGUCAAGUGUAAGAACCCGCGUAGGGGAGAAUUGUAAUCAGUGUCUAAGUCGGAGUGACGGUGGUGUGGAGAGUUCGUGUCUUCAUUCGUUCAUUUGUUGAAGUUCGCGG